CACGUCCACGCGGGCGCGCCUGCCUGCCACCUGCUGGGCGAGGUGCGGAGCCCCGAGCUCGAGCUCGAGGGGGGCACGGCAGCCUUCAGCGUCUGCGACGGCCUGAAAGGUAUGUUCCAGCUCUCCAACGAGAACUACUUCAUAGAGCCCCUGGAAGGUGUCCAGGCCCAGCCCGGCCGCGCCCAGCCCCAUGUGGUAUAUAAGCGUCAAGCCAGCGACAGGCGGGCGGAGCAGGGCAACUCCACGACUCCAGGCACCUGCGGGGUGCAAGCAUCCCUGGAGCAGGAGUUCCAGCGGCGGGACCUUUGGGACCAGCAGCGGCGUGUCCAUCGGCGCUCAGUCACCACAGAGAAGUGGGUGGAGACCCUGGUGGUAGCUGAUUCCACCAUGGUGAAGCACCACGGUCAGGAGCACAUCGAGCGCUACGUGCUGACCAUCAUGAACAUGGUGGCCAGCAUCUACCUUGACCCCAACAUCGGGAACCCCGUCUACAUCACUGUCGUGCGCCUGAUCCUGCUGGAAGAGGAGGAGGAGGAGAUGAAUGUCACACACCACGCGGACAGGACCCUGAGCACCUUCUGCAAGUGGCAGGAGAAACUCAACAUGAACUGGGACUCCCACCCACUGCACCACGACACCGCUGUAUUGCUCACCAGGACGGACCUGUGUGUGGCCAUGAAUCAGCCCUGUGAGACCCUGGGCCUGUCCCACGUAGGGGGCAUGUGCCAGCCCCAGCGCAGCUGCAGCGUCAGUGAGGACACGGGCCUACCCCUGGCCUUCACCGUGGCCCACGAGAUUGGGCACAGUCUUGGCAUCCAGCACGACGGAACCGGCAACGACUGUGACACGCAGGGGAGACGGCCUUGCAUCAUGUCCCCACAGCUGCUGUAUGACACCUCCGCGCCCCUCACCUGGUCCCGCUGCAGCCGCGAGUACAUCACCAGGUUCCUCGACCAAGGGUGGGCCACGUGCCUGGAUGACCCUCCCAGCAAGGACAUCAUCAACAACCUCCCCUCCGUGCUGCCCGGUGUCCUCUAUGAUGCGGACCACCAGUGUCGCCUCCAGUAUGGGCCUGGCUCUGUGUCCUGCAGGGAUUUGGACAACGUCUGCCACACACUUUGGUGCUCUGUGGGGACCACCUGUCACUCCAAGCUGGAUGCGGCCGUGGAUGGUACCAAGUGUGGGGAUAGCAAGUGGUGUCUGAAGAGGGAGUGCGUUCCUGUGGACCACCAGCCUGUGACAAUGGACGGUGGCUGGUCCGGCUGGAGUGCCUGGUCCGCCUGCUCGCGGAGCUGCGGCGUGGGCGUGCAGAGCUCCGAGCGGCAGUGCACGCAGCCUGCGCCCCAGCACAAGGGCAGAUACUGCGUGGGCGAAAGGAAGCGCGACCGUCUCUGCAGCCUGCAGAACUGUCCCCCAGGCCACCCCACCUUCCGCGAGGUCCAGUGCAGCCAGUUCAACACUGUGCCGUACAAGGGCCAGCUGCACAAGUGGGUGCCCGUGGUCAAGGAUGAGGUCCCCUGUGAGCUGUACUGCAAGCCCACGAAUGAGUCUUUUGCUGCGAAAAUGCGAGAUGCCGUGGUGGACGGCACGCCCUGCUACCACGGCCGGGCCAGCCGAGACCUCUGCAUCAACGGCAUCUGCAAGAAGGUGGGCUGCGACUUUGAGAUUGACUCGGGUGCCGUCGAGGACCGCUGUGGCGUGUGUCACGGUGAUGGCUCCACCUGCCACACUGUGCGCAAUACCUUCCAGGAGGAGGCUGCGGGCCGGGAGUACGUGACUGUGGGGCUGAUCCCAGCCGGCGCCCGGGACAUCCGAAUCCAGGAGCUGGCCGAGUCGGAAAACUUCCUGGCCCUGCGGAAAAUGCACUCGAAUCAGUAUUUCCUCAACGGCUGCCGCACCAUCCACUGGAAGGGGGACUACGAGGUGGCAGGCACCAUCUUCACGUACGAGCGCAUAGGCGACUGGGAGAACCUCACAUCCCCUGGGCCCACGGACCAGCCCAUCGUGAUCGAGCUACUGUUCCAGGAUAGCAACUCCGGGGUGCGCUACGAGUACACCAUCCAGCGGGAUGCGCUGCCUGAGUUCUCCUGGGACUAUGGGUCCUGGAGCAAGUGCACGGUCACCUGUGGCACAGGCAUGCAGAGGCAGAGCGUGUUUUGCACCGAGCGGCAGAUGGGGCCUGUGGAUGACAGAUACUGUGACCAGGAGGACCGGCCGGAUGACCGCCAGAGGAAGUGCAGCGAGGAGCCCUGCCCUGCCCGGUGGUGGGCAGGCGAGUGGCAGCCGUGCUCCCGAUCCUGCGGGCCUGGGGGCCUCUCCCGCCGGGCAGUGCUCUGCAUCCGAAGCGUGGGGCUGGACGAGCAGAGCGUCCUGCAGGCGCCCUACUGUGACCACCUGCCCCAGCCUCCUGCCGAAACCCCGUGCAACGUCCAUGUGCCCUGUCCAGCCACCUGGGCUGUGGGGAGCUGGUCUCAGUGCUCUGUGACUUGCGGGCUGGGCAUGCAGCUUCGAGCUGUCGUCUGCACCUACGACACCGGCAUUCCCUGUGACGAGGCCCAGCGGCCAGUGAGCCAGGCGGCCUGUCCCUUGCAGCCCUGCCUGAGGGCCCUGGACACCCUGGACCCUGAAGGCUCUGGCAGCGGCUCCUCUAGCCAAGAGCUCUACAACGAGGUGGACUUCCUCCCCAGCAGCAACGCCAUCACAGAGGAGGGCCCCGAGCUGGGCCCGCCGGGCCCCGCGUUCGUCGAUGACUUUUACUACGACUACAACUUCAUCAGGUUCCACGAGAACCUGUCAAAUGAGGACGAGCCCUCCGAGGAGCCCGGCCCAGAGCCGGCGGGCACCGGGGACUGCACCACCCCAUCCCUGAGCAGCCCUGCCCAGCCCCCCACAGAGCCUCCUGGGGACAAAGAGGAGGGGGCGCCGGGACAUUGGUCCCCUGCCCCUUGGCCCAGCCAGGCCGGCCACACCACGCCCCCACCGUCGGAGCAAACCCCCUGGAACCUCCUGUUCAACUUCUUGUCUGAGGAAGACGCCCCCACGGGGGCCCCAGACCUGGGGCUCCCCAGCUUACCCUGGUCCCCCGCUUCUGUCACUGAGACACCUGGGAGCCAAGAUGAGUUCCCGGUGGGGGAGCACAGCCCAAGCCAGCCGCCCCCUCCGCGGUGGGAGACCACCAAUGAGGUUUCUGAGGACGAAGAGGAGACCUUGGGUGGCCCAGCGCCCCACCUGCCCCAGGCUCCCGCAUCACCACCGUUGUCCCCCACCAGCAUCACCCACUCCUCUCCAAGUACUGACUCCGUGGAGCUGGGGACCUUCCUUCUGACAACUGCCACUGGCCUAGGGCACAAGCCUUGGGUGAGCACCCAGAGUGCGGAUUCCUCUGGCCAGCCCGAGGUGCCCCCAACCUCAGUGCUGUGGUCCACACCAGCUGGGGACAGGCCAGCCGACAGCAGCAGGGCCCCUGAGGCCUGGACUCUGCACCCCUUGGACCAGCCCCUGACCAGGAAUGCCAGCUGGGAAGUAGGAAACUGGAGCGAGUGCUCCACCAGCUGCGGCCUGGGCGCCUCCUGGAGGUCGGUGCGCUGCAGCUCCGGCCAGGAGGCCGACUGCGUCCCCGAGGGCCGCCCGCAGCCCGCCCGCCGCUGCCACCUGCGUCCCUGCGCCACCUGGCACGCGGGCAACUGGAGUAAGUGCUCCCGCAACUGUGGCGGAGGGUCGUCGGUGCGGGACGUGCAGUGCGUGGACACACGGAGCCUCCGGCCCCUGCGGCCCUUCCACUGCUGCUCCGAGGCCUGUGGCGGUGGGGAGCAGCAGCGCCUGGUGACCUGCCCGGAGCCCGGCCUGUGCGAGGAGGCGCUGAGACCCAACUCCACUCGGCCCUGCAACACCCACCCCUGCACGAAGUGGGUGGUGGGACCCUGGAACGAGUGCUCGGCCCCCUGCGGGGGUGGUGUCCAGCGGCGUCUGGUCAGAUGUGUCAACACCCAGAUGGGGCUGCCCGAGGAAGACAACGACCAGUGUAGCCACGAGCCCUGGCCUGAGAGCUCCCGGCCGUGCGGCACCCAGGACUGCGAGGCUGCUGAGCACCCACGUGAUCUUCUCCCUCUGGGUCCCAGAGUGAGGCCAGGGGUGUCCCUGAGACUAGAGACCAGACCCAGGUAAGUCCCUGUCCCCAGCUAUGGCCGGAGUGAACGAUGCCUCCCUCCCAGGGUCCCGCUCACUCCCUGCUUCUGGGCCAGCUGUGUCCUCCUGGAGGAAGGGCCCGAGCCCCAGAGGUGGUUCUGGACACACACACACACACACACACACACACACUUCCUGCAGCCUAGACACCUGCGGUGCUGAGCACAGGAAUCUGGCCUGGCAUCCACCGGGGCUCCCCUCCCAGCUGUGCGGCCUUGGGCUCCACUUCCCUCUCUGGCCUCCACUUCCCUGACCAUAAAGAGCUGACAGCCCCCAUCCUUGGUGGGUGGGGGGAGCAUCUCUGAGGACUCAGGGGUGAAGGGCUCAGGAGGGCCUCAGGGAAUGUGGGCAUCUUCCCUAGAAGCUGCUAUCACCCCAUCACAAUGUCAGGAAGCGGGUGUAGGGCUAUCUGUCCGUUGAGGGAACCCAGCAGCUCAUGAGUCUGUCCGCUUUUUGUCCCUGGCUCCUAGGACAGUCGGUAGCCCUCAGGGCCUUGGGAUCUGCCCCAAUCUGCCUGAAAUCCCAGCAGAAAUGCCACCCACCCGGCCCCUGCCCUCACCCUGCCCUCGGCAUUCAUGUAACCAGCCUCAGUGCCUCUGCACUUGGCCCGAGCUUGCUGCUGACGCCACAGCACUUGCCUCCAGGGCACCAUUGGGUCCCUGCCCCUCUCAGCCCCUCACGCUGGUCUCAGGGCCUCUGGGGAGCUGGGCAGCUAUGGUUCCAGGCGGCGAGGGUCAGCAGGGGCGAGCACUGAGGCCUCUGGGGCUGGAACCAAGGACAAGGCCUGGCCCGGGAGGUUUCUGGGUGGCUUUUAGGGUGGUCAGGUGGCUGAGCCACCAGCUGCCCCAAAGGAGGAGUUUCCAGGCUGGAGCCAGGCGGGAGGCAUCUUGGACGCUGACACCCCGGAGUCCCCAGGAUAUUCUGAUGGUUUGUGGGGUUGUGUGGCCGGAUAUCAGGAAAGGCCAGGAACUCCGGGGUGUGAGGUGACCCCAGCGAGGCAGCUGACGCCAUGGAGGUGGGGUACUGACAGAGGGAACCGCCACCCCCCCGACCCCAGAGGUUAAGAGGCCUGCCCUAUGUCACGCAGCAGGAACGGGCCACGCGUCUGCAGACGUGCUACUGGGGAGCUGCUGCCCGAGGCCGGGGUGGCGGAGC